AUGGUGGAAGAAGACCUGGUGAUCACCGGUUUCUCUGCCCGCUUCCCGCAAGCCGACAGCUUGGCAGAGUUUAAGGAGAAGCUCUACGCGGGCGUGGACUUUGUCACCGACGACGAGACACGCUGGCCUCGAGGCGAUGUCCUUGUCGGUGUCAUUUUUGUGCCAUGCUUUAGUUCAGCUGUUCAAACCUUGCCUGACCAAUCAACCAUCACUUCGUCCUCACCAGGUCACCUGGGCCUGCCCGAGAGGCUGGGCAAGAUCCGCGACCUGUCGCAGUUCGACGCUCAGUUCUUCGGCAUUCACGCGAGGCAGGCGCACAUGAUGGAUCCCCAGAUGCGCCUCCUUCUGGAGACCGCGCACGAGGCCAUCGUGGACGCCGGAUACGAACCCGGGACAUUGCGGGGCCGCAAGAUCGGUGUCUUCAUCGGCUGCACCGACUCCGACUCGGAUUUGGUGCACACCGUGGACACGGACAAGGUCGACGGCUACAGCUUGCUCGGAAACUCACGCGGAAUGUUCGCCAACAGAAUCUCCUACACGUUCGACUUCAAAGGCCCAAGUGUGAUUGUCGACGCGGCGUGUUCGUCGACGAUGAUGGCUCUGAACCACGCAACGCUGGCUCUUCGCUCGGGACAGUGCGACGCGGCCAUAGUGGGAGGAAGCAUGAUUAGCCUGAAGCCGAGUACAGCGCUGGGCUUUUGUCGCCUAGGCAUGUUGUCUCCAGAUGGCACGUGCAGGUCCUUCGAUGCUCGCGGCAACGGCUUCGUCCGAAGUGAGACGGUGGGCACCUUCUUCCUGCAACGAGCUUCCGAAGCCCGGCGGGUGUAUGCCAAACUCAUCCACGUCAAGGCUAACGCCGACGGCUACAAGAACGAGGGUAUCACGUUCCCGUCGGGAAAACAGCAGGAACAGCUCCUUCGGGAGGUGUACGUUGAAGCCCAGGUCGACCCGCGCGAGAUGGCCUACAUCGAGGCCCACGGCACGGGCACCAAAGUUGGAGACCCGGAGGAACUGGGAGCCAUCAGCCACGUCUUCUGCGGCCCGGGCCGGGACAGGCCGCUCCUCGUCGGAGCCGUCAAGAGCAACGCGGGUCACGCGGAAGCCGCUUCGGGCCUCACCUCAUUAGCGAAGGUCAUCCUGACAAUGGAGACGGGAACCAUCGCGGCAAACCUGCACUACACCACGCCGAACCCGAACAUUCCGUCUCUCCUGGACGGAAGCGUGGAAGUCGUGGCCAAGGCGACUCCCUUUCCCGGAGGUGCUGUCGGCAUCAACUCGUUCGGCUUCGGAGGGUCCAGUGUCCACGCCAUCCUGGAGCCGAAUCCUGGUCCUCACGUGAACGAUGUUUCCCGCGAGAAGCCCGAGCUGCCGAGGCUUGUCCUCAUGGCUGGAAGGACAAAGGACUCUCUAGAGCACACACUGGAAAGGCUGGAGGCCGAAGGACCCUACCCGGAUUCGGCGUACGCCCUGCUCAACCGAGUGGGCCAACCGAGCACGAAGCAGUUUCCUUACCGAGGCUUCGCCGUCGUCCCCGUCGACGACUCCGGCAGGGACGUCGUCAGGGUGUCCGCUCAGGCUCCGUUCGAGAAGCGGCCCCUGUGGUUUGUCUUCACCGGCAUGGGCUGCCAGUGGGACGGCAUGGCCCGCCAGAUGAUGCAGUUCGAAGUGUUUGCCCGCUCCGUUCGCAAGUCGCACGACCUGAUGCUGGGAAAUUUCGGCCUGGACCUCAUCGAGGCACUGACCGUCGCCGACGGCGAGGCCUGGAAACAGCGCGCCGCUUGUGUCCUCGCCUGCGUAGCGGCUGUUCAGGUGGCGCUGGUGGACAUGCUGAGCGCCGUCGGCGUCAGCCCCGACGGCAUUUUGGGUCACUCGGUUGGUGAGCUCGGCUGCGCCUACGCGGACGGGAGCUUCACCGCAGAGCAGACAGUGUUGUGCGCUUACUGGCGAGGACACUGCAUCGACGUGGGAAACAUGCCGAAGGGAGCCAUGGCCGCCGUGGGACUAACGUGGGAGGAAGUGACGAGUCGUUGCCGUGACGGCGUGGUCCCGGCGUGCCACAAUGCCGAGGACUCGGUGACCGUGUCCGGUACGGCCGAGGCCGUGGCCAAGAUGGUCGCCGAGCUCAAGGCCGAAAACGUGUUUGCCCGGGAAGUGGACAGCCUGGACGUGGCCUUCCACAGUCCCUACAUUCAGAGCAUCGGACCCCCAUUGAAAAAGCUGCUCAGGAAGGUUAUUCCGGACCCGAAACCACGCAGCGAGCGGUGGGUGAGCUCGUCAGUGCCGCAGAGUCGCUGGCACGAGCCUGCGGCGAAGCUUUCUUCAGCCGAGUACCACGUGAACAACGUCCUCUCACCGGUGCUCUUCAGCGAGGCGCUGGAACACGUUCCCAGGGACGCCAUCUUGGUGGAGAUUGCACCACACUGCCUUCUGCUGUCCGUGUUACGUCGCGCCGUUGGCUCAGGCGCCAGCUGCCUGGGCCUGAUGAAGCGGAACGAGGACAACCCCGCGUUCUUCCUAAAGUCGCUGGGCGAGCUACACACACUUGGAGUCCAGCUGGACUUGGCCCCACUGUACCCGCCGGUGCCGUGGCCCGUGCCUCGCGGCACCCCCAGCAUAACCCAUCUCGUCAGCUGGGACCACACCGAGAAGUGGACGGUGGUCAAGUGGAGCGACUUCCCCAGCUCGGCGCAGAUGUCAGAGGAGGUCGUCGAGGUUGACCUGGAGGCCAACGAAGGAGACGCGUACUUGGCCGGUCACGAAAUGGACGGCCGCGUGCUUUUUCCAGCGACGGGCUACAUGAUGCUGGCCUGGAAGUCUCUGACCAAGCGCUGCGGGAAGCCGUUCCACCAGGUACCCGUAGUUUUCGAGGACGUCAGUUUCCACAGGGCCACCAUCCUGCCGAAGCGAGGUCCUGUGAAAUUUCUGGUCAACGUGAUGCGGGCUUCCGAUGAAUUCGAAGUCUGCGAGGGGGGCACUUUGGCAGCGAGCGGCCGCAUUCGCAUGGCCGAAGCAGGAGAGAAGCUUCUCGACAAAGAACCGCCGUGCCCGACGACCGAAGCAUCAGCCGGCGACAAGCUGAACGGUGAAGACAUCUACAAAGAGUUCAGGCUUCGCGGCCUCAACUAUUCGGGGAGCUUCCAAGGUGUCAUCGAGGCGAAUCUAAGCGAGAACCGCGGCAAGCUCAAGUGGGAGGACAACUGGGUAACCUUCAUCGACAACAUGGUUCAAUUCGCCAUGCUCGACGACACCCAGCGCAGAUUCAGGUUGCCGAUCAAGAUACAAUCCUGCCGCAUUGAUCCUGAUGUCCAUGUCAAACUCGCAGAGAAAGUGGGCGAAUCAGGUAUACCGAUAGUGCACGACCAGUACUUGAACACCUAUCGAGCCGGAGGAGUCGUCAUUCGCGGCGCCAAGACAAACAUUGCCCCCAGACGCUCAGCGCAGCUGACGGCGCGCCUGGAGGAACACAAGUUCGUCCCCUACGUCGACGACGAGUCCGACAUGCGGCUCCGAGAAUCCGACGUGCGUGAGUACGUCGACGUUUGCAGCGCUAUCACCCGACGCAUUCUGGAGUCAUGCGGCGACGAAGCUGCUCAGGCCCCUUGCGGCCUCGCCAGUGGCCACUCCGAAUUGUCCGAGGACGUGAUGCAGAGGUACAUUGAAGCCCCUGCCGAAAACUACGUCCUGCUGCGCAUCCUAUCCGCCAUUUGGAAGGAAGUCCGUGUCCCUACUUCGCGCCUGCACUCCGCAGUCAAAUCGGCGCUGGCUGCGCUUGGAAAAGAUGUGCACAAGGACCUGCUUAACACUGCCCUGUACCGAGAAGAUCCUCUGAGGAGCCUUCUCGACGUCGUGGUGGAGAACACUAGCCCCAAAAGGAUUCGAAUUCUCGAGGUUGUACCUGAGCCAUCGGCAUCCCUCCUGGCUCCCUGGGUGGCGUCCUUGUUGAAUCUUUCGAACACGCAGCUCAAAAUCGAGUACACCAUUGCGCACCCCCGUCCCGACGAGCUCGCUCCUGGGGAUCUACCGGAAGUCGUCAAGGUGGUCACGUGGGAUCCAGCCUCUUCCUCCGCGAACGGACUUCCCGAGGCUGACUUCAUCGUCGUCCGCGACCUCACUUGCGGCUCCCAUCGCUCACGGGCUCUCGCUGAACAGCUGUCGGCGCACUGCAGGGAGCGCGCAUUCGUGCUCCUGUCGCAGCGCUCAGCUCUGUCUCCGGCAGAGUCCUUCCUGUCAAGUGUCGGCAACGUUCCGUUCUCGCACCAGACCACCCAGGCGGUGGCGUCAGUGUUCGAAACCGAAGGUUUACGCGUAGUGGGCCUCAAGUCCAACACACUUUCGACGUUGCUACUGCUAAGAAAGGUGCCUAACGUCGUCGACGUAGCCGGACAGGAAGUGAUCAGAGUGAACAGUGCCAGUUUCGCUUGGCUGGAGACGCUGAAGACAAGAGUCCUCGAGUACCACGGAAAGCCGCCGGGGCAGAACCUGUGGCUGCUCGCGGAGGAAGCCGGCAUCAGCGGCGUCGUGGGCCUGACCAACUGCCUCCUGCAGGAGACGGGUGGGAACCACAUCAGGUGCCUAUUCGACGCAAGCUUUAAAGGAUCCAGUAAGAUCUCGGACUUUGCGCCAGACAACCCGCAGUACAAGGACGUGCUGCAGAAUGAUCUGGUAAUGAACGUGUAUUGCGAUGGACGGUGGGGAUCCUACAGGCAUUUCACCACGUUGCCUUGCGGAGCGCCGGAGACGUCCACGGAGUUCGCUUUUCUGCACGUCCGAACCCGCGGCGACCUGUCCAGCCUGCAGUGGAUCGAGUCUCCGCUGCGUUACGCUUCGCCUUCCAGCCUCGCCGACAAGGUGGUGUGCAGCGUGUAUUACGCGCCGCUGAACUUCAAGGAUGUCAUGCUCGCCACUGGAAAGCUGUCGCCCGACGUGCUGCCUGAUCACGUGGCUACCUUCAAGUGCCUCCUGGGUCUGGAGUUCGCUGGCCGAGACCCCCAGGGUCGGCGGGUCAUGGGCCUGACGUCCGGGAUGGGCAUGGCCACGGCCGUGGCCACGAACCCGGAGUCGUUGUGGGAAGUGCCGGAGUCCUGGAGCCUCGAGGAGGCCUCCACGGUGCCCGUGGCUUACGCCACGGUCUACUACGCGCUCAUCGUGAAGGGUGACAUGCGACCGGGGGAGACUCUGUUGGUUCACUCCGGCAGCGGAGGCGUGGGACAAGCAGCCAUCUCGGUUGCACUGUCCAUGGGAUGCACCGUCUUCACUACCGUCGGUUCCCAGGAGAAGCGGGAGUUUCUUCUGCGCCGCUUCCCGCAGCUUCAAGAGAGGAACAUCGCAAACUCUCGCGACUUGUCCUUCGAGGAUCACGUGUUGCGGGAAACCAAAGGCAGAGGUGUCGACCUCGUGCUCAACUCGCUCGCCGGCGAGAAGCUGCAGGCCAGCGUGCGCUGCCUGGCGACCCGCGGCCGCUUCUUGGAGAUCGGCAAGUUCGACAUGUCCAGGGACUCCCCGCUCGGAAUGUCCGUGCUCCUCAAGAGCGCCGUCGUGUACGGCAUCCUGCUGGAGUCGCUCUACGGCGACGGCCCGCAGGCGGUGGAGGACAUGUGUCGCGUGCGGCAACUUCUCGGCGAGGGCAUCGCGUCGGGUGCGGUUCGACCGCUGGACGCCAUUCGUUUCGCGAGGGACCAGGCCGAGGAGGCGUUCCGCUUCAUGGCCUCCGGAAAGCACAUUGGAAAGGUCGUGCUUGAGAUCCGACCGGAGGAGAGCCCACGAAAGACUUCGCCCGCCUCGCCGCUCAGCGUGAAGGUCACGUCUCGGACGUGCUUCUACGAGCACAAGUCUUACGUAAUCACCGGUGGCCUCGGCGGCUGCGGACUGGAGCUCGCCGACUGGAUGGUGAACCGUGGCUGUCGCAAGCUCCUGCUCACGUCGCGGUUCGGUGUGCGGACAGGAUACCAGCGGCUCUGUCUUCGCAGGUUACGUGGCGCAGGGGCCAAAGUUGUCGUGAGCAAGGACGACGUUUCGACGAGGCAGGGAACCCAGAGCGUCAUCGAAGAGGCCGAGAGACUAGGUCCCGUCGGUGGCAUUUUCAGCCUUGCAGUUGUUCUUCGCGAUGCGAUUCUGGAGAACCAAUCACCCGAGGCGUUCGAAACCGUCUACAAGCCCAAGGCGGACGGCACCUGGCACCUUGACGCAGUGUCCCGCGAUCUGUGCCCCGAGCUGGACCACUUCGUCGCCUUCUCUUCCGUAGCCUCGUGCCACGGCAACGUUGGCCAGACUGGCUACGGUUACGCCAACGCCGUUGUGGAGCGUCUCUGCGAGAGAAGAGCUGCGGACGGACUGCCCGGCCUGGCCAUUCAGUGGGGCAUCAUCGGUGACGUCGGCGCAAUGCACAACAUGAAAGGUGCCGAUUUGGACUAUGCUGGCUACGCCCCUCAGCGCAUCAGUUCGUGCCUGGCGGUGCUCGACAUGUUCCUCAACCAGAGGCGUCCCGUCGUCACGAGCUUCGUCAAGUCGAAGACGUCCUCCGGUUCUGAUGAGAAGAGUCCAAAAGCACGUGACCUUGUCGAGACCAUCGCCAAUAUAUUUGGCGUGAAGGACGCGUCGAGCCUCGACCCGAGUACGAGCCUCGGUGAUCUGGGCAUGGACUCGUUGAUGGGCGUCGAGGUGCAGCAGACCCUGGAGCGAGACUACGACAUCGCGCUGUCCAUGCCGCAGAUCCGGCAGCUCACCGUCGCCAAGCUGCGAGAAAUGAACAACGGAAGUGACGCAGGAAGCAAGCAGCAGUCCGGAAACAACAGCACCGCUGAGCCACAAAUGACGGACCGGGAGCGAGAACCCACGAAGGCGUCCGAGGUGCCACGGCUGGCGUUCGUUGAGAAGAUGGUCCCCGACAGUGCCUUAGUAGAUAUGAAUGGCUUCAAGGGAUCGUCCCCAUUGUUCUUCACGCAUUCGAUACAGGGUCACGUACGCGAUCUAUUAGAGAUCGCCAGUCACCUUCCCGUGCCUGCCGCCGGAGUCCAAUGGACGCCUGACAUUCCGGUGCGAUCCAUCGAUGAGAUGGCCACUCUCUAUCUGCAGAGGCUCAAAGAAGUUCAGCCCAAAGGCCCUUACAAUCUGGUCGGUUACUCCUUCGGUGCCAUUGUGGCCUUCGAGAUGGCCUUGCAGCUCCAAAGUGCCGGGGAGUCCGUGGGUAGCCUCACCCUCCUAGAUGGCGCUCCCAAGUACAUUGCUGCGCGUUGGAGCCACUACCAGUGGCGCUUUGCCGACACCAAGGAGGAAAAAGAAUCUUGGCUGCUGUGCAUUUUCCUCAUGCAGUACCUGGACAUCGACUUCCGUGAGGUCCGCAACCAGUUGGACCAGUGCGCGAAUCGGGGCGCCAAGGAAGAAGCCGUUGCUGACAUCCUCUUCAAGGCGUUCCCGAAACUGCGCUCAAGCCGACAGGAUGUGGUCACGGCUAUGCGAGCCUUCUACGAGUUCGUCGCCGUCGCUACCGACUACGAGCCCCAUGCGAAGUUCCAGGGCAACGUCGUGCUAGUCAAGGCGUCAAGUCCGGGCAAGUCGACGAGGCAAUUGCCCGCCGACUACGGCCUCUCCCAGUGCAUUGACGGAAGAGUCGAGGUCAAGAUUGUCGACGGCGCUCAUGAGAACUUCGUGCUGGACCCAGGAGCUCGGGAAUGUGCAGCCAUCAUCACUCAGCAGAUUAUGGGCUGAAACAUAGUCGUCACAGUGAAGUCACACACACACAAGAAGGGGUGAAAAUUAAAAAAAAGACGAUAUUUCCUUUUGCCUUCCGUCUUAAGACAUUUUUUUUAAUUUACUCGAAAGAAACAUGGCGUACGAGUACGGCAUCAGCUGCUCCUACUUUCACGCACAAUAUGCAACACAUAUCCACAGCGAAGCCGCGGAAAAAAAAAUUUCAUACAAAGCCUAAAGUAUAACUGUGUAUAUGUUUCGGCAGAGUAAUUAUUUUCUUCUUUCUUGCAUCGGCGGAGGUGGCUCAUUGGCUGUGUCACUUUAUACUGCUGAGCACAACUUCUCGUGUUCCUAGCCGCGGCGGCCGUAUUCUGAUACAGGCGGAAUGCCAUUACUCUUUUGUACUUACGCAUAAGCGCGCGUUUGAAGAACCUCAAGUGGUAGAAAGUACUCGGAGGUCGUCCCGGUACUGCGACCGGGAUGACGCUGUGUUUUCCUCCCUCCUUUCUUUUUGGUGUCUCCCUUCCCCACCCCCGGACGCUGAGCCAUAUUGUGCAAAGGGCUUCACCCCGAAAUAGCACCCUCCUCAAUCACCCUUUCUCUGCCGAGUCGUUGUCGGUGUCAACCGUCAUCGUCAAGCCACCUGCUCAUCCUCAGCUUCACUCAAAGUUUUGCUAGUACAACUGCUGGAAAGGAAGAGCUUUGCUGGAAGUCAGGUCGUGAAUCUACGAGGCUGGGCACAAUGCAGUUGUGCGUCUGUUUUUUAAUGCGAAUAGCAUUCUUCGCAUUGCCUGACCAACAUCCUUUCCAGCCGCCUAUCAAACAGUUUGUUGUGAGUCGAACACCGAAGACUGUUCGGUGUAAAAAUGGGGGUGGUACUGAAGAUAGUGCAGUAAAAAGACCGAAUAUGGGCCAUUUCCGAAGGUCAUUAUAGUAGAAAAAGCAGAGAAAUAGAGGAAUUAAAGAGAUAC